AAAUUGUAACCAAUCGUGGCAUUCCUCCCUGGUUCUUCCCUUUCCUCCGACUCGGCUUCGAGUUGGAUUCUCUCCCGUGCUGCUCCGCCGCGGUCUACGCCGCCGCACCUCCAUUUUCACCCUCCGGUUGGUGAUCGGGAUAUCUCCAGCUCUUCAUUUACCGCCCGUACUUUCUGACGGAAUCAAAUCACGCCGAGGCCGCCCAACGCCAUUGGGGAAGAUCCGUACUACAAUCUAGACAGGAGGUCAAUAAUGGUGAGUCUCAAAUCAAUCAAUAUUGCCUGCUCUCGUUAUUAUUAUCAUUGGUAUGUGCAUUCUUUCAUUUUCACAAAUGAAUAGCAAAUCGAAUUAGGAAUGUCAGCUUCUGAACUUUUCUCGGAAUUUCGAAUUUAGGGUUGCGGCAUGUGAAUUUGUUUGAAAAUGCAAAAUAUUCGAAUAUUCAUUGAUGCGGAAAUGUUGAAGUUCAACUUUGCUUGUUCUUGCUAACCUAACAAUAGGGAACAUGGAUGGGGAAAGGAAAUAAAAAAUUGGGAAGAAGACAUUUUGCUACGUUCUUCUUCUUCUUCUUCUUCUUAGAUAAACACCACAACCCAUGUGGAGUUAUUGCUUCCAACUAUUAUGUUAAACAAUUUUAUCCCUAGGUUGCUUUAUAUAAUGCUGAAUUCGACCUUUUCCAUUAUUUGAUCCUAAUGCACUGGUGCAUGCAAUACUUUUGUAUAUACUAUCAACAAUUCUCCAUAAUAUUAAAUCUUAAACUCCACAAUGAACACUGCCCAAAAGUCCAAUCCCCAAUGGUAGGCAGGUUUUCUUUAUUUUUAAUGCGGAGAAGCGAAUAGAAAGCAUUCAAUAUGCUGUUAACAAUUCUCCUCCACGACACUGCAAGUUCAUAGCCCACUUACCAGGCACUCUGCUUGCUUAUUUCUGUUGUAACCACCAUAUGGAAGGGUCAAAGUUAUAGCCCACUUAAAGCUGGAAACGGCCAAUUCAGUGUUGGAACUUGUCCACUUGUCAGCUUGUGUCUGAUUUGGACGACUUUGGUGACCCUAUUCCUUGGCCUUUUUCCCUAUAUAACAGGGAGGUCUUCAUUGGAGCAGAAGCAACAGGCAGAAGAAGAUGGAAAUGAUUGGAAGCAAGCAGCUCAAUAAUGGAGAAAUGAGGCUUUGAAAAUCCUGGACAGACUUGACAGCGGUUCCAAAUCCAGGUAUAUUUUGGUGCAAGUUGAACAACUUUUCUACAAAUAGGAAGCAUUUGAAUAGUGAAAGCUCUUUCUUCUCAUCUGAUGUCCUAUUCAUUAGGUUGAUCAUGACUUCAUGAGAGUACUAGUCAGUAAUAACUAACAAGUAAGGAUCUUUCUUCCCAAUCAGUGGGAAGUGGAACAUAGAUUAGAUCUAAUUUGCAGGAGUUGAGGCCUCUUUCUUUUUUUCUUCACUUCCCUUCAGUUCCCCCUUUUUUGGUUUUAUCUUGUGUAGAAAUUAGAAUGUUUCCAGGAAGAAACACUGGGAAGGUUUAAGCAACUUCAUUGGUUGCAUCUGGGACCUACAUGUCUAUAAACGUCAUUAGAAGAGUCUUAAUCAAUAAAGUUUGCAGCAUAUAACAACAUAAGGGAAAACUCUAUUCAAAGAACAAAAAGCAGAACCAAUCCCCACUCACUCAGCCUGCCUUUUUCAGCUUUCAGUUCACCUUAUCAGUAAAGGAACAAACUUUGACCAAAUUGAAAGAUACUGAUGACUAUUAAUGACAGUUUCAAGCAAAAUUAGUCCUGACCCUUUUGUUGUGCUUUAUUUCACAUUGCCAGAAUGAUGCUUGCAUUACGUGGCUGUUUUUUCAAACAAAAGAUCAAGAAACAGACCCGGUAUGACGCCAAUGCUCGUCUGGCUUCAGAGACUCCUUUCACGAUCAAUGAAAUAGAGGCUUUGUACCAUCUGUUCAAGAAGCUAAGCAGCACCAUAAUUGAUGACGACCUUAUUCACAAGGAGGAAUUCUUAUUAGCACUUUUCAGGAGUAGGAAUACUAACAACCUUUUUGCUGAGAGGAUUUUUAAUCUGUUUGAUAUAAAGCACGAUGGAGUGAUAGAGUUUGGUGAAUUUGUUCGCUCGUUGAGCAUCUUCCAUCCUCGAGCUUCGGUAGCUGACAAAAUAUCAUUUGCAUUCAGGCUAUACGAUCUUAGAGAAACUGGCUACAUAGAACGGGAUGAGUUGAAGGAGAUGGUACUUGCUAUCCUGAGUGAAUCAGACUUAACACUUUCCGAAGACACCAUCGAGUCCAUGGUCGAUAAGACACUUGCAGAAGCAGAUUUGAACGGUGAUGGAAAGAUUGAUGAACAGGAAUGGGAGGAACUAGUAGCAAAGCAUCCAUCUCUCAUAAAGAACAUGACAAUUCCAUACCUAAGGGACUUGACUGUUGCAUUUCCAAGCUUUGUUCUGAACACUGAAGUUCCUGACUGAAGGCAAAUUGUAACUGUCAUUCUCCAGGAGAACUAAUAAAAAAGAGACUUGCAAGUAUGAUAUAGCAUGUCUAAACUUUAUAAUGAAAGCAUUCUACAAUAUUUUUUCCCUUCCUCUUAGCUUGUAAAAGGUGAAAUCUGUGUACUCUAAUACUUCCUUGCUUCCUCUUUUCAACAGAAUGAAAAGAGUGUAGUUGAAUACCCUAUUGGGUUGUUUUUUAUUUAAUAUCCAUUAUUAUUUAUGAUGAAUAGUUUUCUCUUUUAUCUUCUUAGCUAGCAUGUUAUCAGUUACGAAUAUAUUCACGUCAUACAAGUGAAAAUAUCAAAAGUAAAUUACAACUCAUAAGACGAAUUAAAAAAAAAAAAAACACAAGAAUUCAUAUGUAAUGCAGUAUUACAAAUACCGAACAUAUUGAGGGAGAAAAAAAACUAAACUCCCAAGUAUCAGAACAGACAUUUGCAAUGUUUGGACAUGUAUACUCUACAACAUCCAUAAAUUGUACCAUCUGUUAUUCCAAUCUGCAGCUCUUACAAUAGUGCGGUUUGGACUUUGGAGUUCAGCAAAUUGCCACAAAAAAGCAUAUAAACCAAACCCCUCGAUUUCACCAUCCAUCCAAAACCAUGAUGGGGAAAAAAGUUCUCUGAUUCGU